AAUCGCAUAGCGUCCAAAAUGCUACCUCACUAUAUCUCCUUGCUCGCAGUCGUGACCAUUCCGAUGGAUUGUGUGAUGUUUCACCGCGGCCUUCCUUGGAUUCAGGUCAUAAGACAAGACAAAAGGAUUAUACAACCGUCUUUCUUAUUCAAAGCAGUUGUGAAUCAACAAGGCUGAUGCAACCCUGGCAAUGUCAGAUCGAUAAAGUUUUGUAUUAAGUCAUCGUAAAUAAUACCGUACGACAGGCAGCCAUAGGCAAGCACAGCUUUUACGUUCAAUAUAGAAAAAAUGAUGUUGAUACUUGGAUUGCUGUUGCUGUCAUCGACAAGUUACCUCGUAGCCUGCAAUCAGAUUCAACAGGUUCUUGUCUCUGACGUCAAACCAAGAAGCGCACGCAUCGCUUGGACAUCAAGCGUAAGCACAGACAGUCCAAUAGCUUUUAACCUUACAUUAUAUCGUGGUGUUGUAGAUGUUAUCAUGUCAGAGGUGGUGCAAGACACAAUGUUUGUACUGAUGGAAUUGGAAGCAGAUACGCGGUACAAUGUCUGUGUCACUUUUAACAAUGCCACUCUGGGAGAUUCUACAAAAUGUCAACAGUUUGAAACAGGUAACAAUAUGGCGGCGAUUUUUGUUGGAGGAUUUAUUCUUGUUAUGUUUGUUGGUGUUGUAAUCAUUGAUCUCGUGUGCAAGAGGGAGAGGGAUGAAAUCAUAAAGAGAUCACAAGCCCAGAUAUUAGCGGAUGGAUCGAUCAAUUAUAGAACUACGAGAGGUCAAAUGGUCGGUCAUGAAAACGCUGGGUUUGAGCCUCUAACUUUAGACGACCCAGGCCCAAUAGUCGAUAUGCAUCGAAGUUAGUCGACCGAUUACUGUCUCUCAACACUACCAUCAAUAUCAGUAAAACAUUCCAAUCGCAGACAGCACACUGAUAAUUGUAUGUAUUUGUUAGGCAUUUAUUCAUUUUGGACACAAGAUCAAGGCCAUGAAAAUUCGAUUUUUUUUUUUGUUCUCGGAUGGGAUUUGAACCCACGAUCUCCAGAUCACUAGCCUGGCAUCAUACCUCUAGAUCACCGAGCUUGCGUCUGAUGGCCAGGGUUUGAAUUCGAGUCCAAGUGAGCAGCGGUCUUGCACAUGUUGAUAGUAAUUGUUAUUGUUGUAAUAGAAUAGACAAUUUUCAUAAUUUUUUAAAUGUAUCAAUACUAUAAUUUAUUUUGAGGCAAUUAAGUUUUAUCGUAUCGUUUUGCAUUCUUAAUAAAUGAGCUUUGUGUAAUGCCACCAUGAUUUAUAAAAUGUUGCCAUACAUAGUGCAGUACUGUACCGUAGUCAAAGCGGAAGUUUAACAAAAAAAUACUUAUUAGCGUACACAUACAUGCCUGCAUGAUCUUCACUCACUCGUAUCAUGCAAACAAAGAGUUGACGACUGACUGGCUUCGAGCAUAAUAAAGGUUUUCUUUUUUUCAAAA